AUUUGGACCUUAUAUGCCUAUGUAUUAUUGUGCAGCCAUUGAGGAGUGUUCCAACCUAACAAGUGGAGCAUCAGAGAAGAAGCAGCAAGAGAGUGGAUGGAUGCCUUCUGCCAACUCAGUGGCCUGGACCCUCUGUGGGACUGGAACCGCACAUGGUACACAGCAAACCCAGACUUGACUGAGUGUUUUCAGAACACAGUUUUAGUGUGGGUCCCCUGUAUCUAUUUAUGGUUCCUGGCCCCCCUCUACUGCCUUCACCUUUACUGCCAUGACUAUGGACGCAUUCAGGUGUCCUCCCUUUGUAUCUCCAAGAUGGUGCUUGGGUUUUUGUUGGCCUCCUUUGGCUUUGUGGAGUUUUUCUACAUCUUACUGGAGAGGAGUCAGGAGAUCGAGCAGCACAUGGUCUUCCUUCUGAGCCCCAUCAUACGCAGCAUGACUGUGGUCCUGGCAUUAUGCAUCAUUCAGUUGGAAAGAAUACGAGGUUGUCGCUCUUCAGUUUUCCUUUUCCUCUUCUGGGUCUUGUCUGUUGUUUGUUCUCUGGUGCCUCUCAGAGCAAAGAUCCAGCUUACCAUAGAAGAGGGCAUUGCCUCUGAUAUUGUGAGGUACUUGGCUUUUUUCUCCUACUUCACCAUUCAACUGGUCCAGCUCUUCUUGUGCUGCUUUGCCGACCUGCCCCCAGACGGGAAAAAGGUCUUGGAAAAGAACCCUUGUCCUGUGAAAGACGCCUCUUUUUUGUCCAAGAUUCUCUUCUGGUGGUUUACUGGGCUUGUUGUGAAGGGAUAUCGCACUCCUCUGGCAGCGGAGGACCUGUGGACACUGAGAGAAGAAGACACAUCACAUAAGAUUAUCUCAGUGCUGCAAGAGGACUGGACAGUGGAAUGUGCAAAGAUUCAAAAGCGGGAAAAGGCCUUGACAUCAGGUGUAUCACUGAGUAGCAGGCUGCCCGAUCAAUCUCAGUUGCUUAGAAAGCUGCACAAGGAGCAGAGCUCAGGCUUCUUCUUAUUCAGAACUCUGGCACGCAAGUUUGGUCCAUACUUCCUUACUGGUACUAUGUGUAUCGUCUUCCAUGAUGCCUUCAUGUUUGCCAUUCCCCAGGUACUGAGUCUUCUCCUGGGCUUCAUGAAAGAUGAAGAUGCACCAUUGUGGAAGGGUUACUUCUAUGCCACUCUCAUGUUCCUGCUCUCUUGCCUCCAAUCCCUCUUCAACCAUCAGUAUAUGUACACUUGCUUCACAGUGGGAAUGAGGGUUAAGACUGCUGUUAUGGGCCUUGUUUACAGGAAGUCUUUGGUGAUCAAUAGCGCUGCUAGGAGGACCUGCACUGUUGGAGAAAUUGUAAAUCUAGUUUCAGCAGAUACUCAAAAACUCAUGGACUUUGUGGUGUACUUCAACGCUGUCUGGCUGGCCCCUAUCGAAAUUGCACUUUGUCUUUUCUUCUUGUGGCAACACCUGGGACCAUCAGCUUUGGCAGGAAUCGCUACGGUUAUCCUCAUUUUUCCACUGAAUGGACUGAUAGCAAAGAAAAGAAGCAAGCUCCAGGAGAUUCAAAUGAAGUUCAUGGAUGGUCGUAUCAGACUAAUGAAUGAGAUCUUGAACGGAAUAAAAAUUCUCAAGUUCUAUGCCUGGGAAAAGGCCUUCCUGGAGCAGGUGUUGGGGUAUAGAGAAAAAGAGCUGAAGGCCCUAAAGAAGUCCCAGAUCCUUUAUUCCAUCUCGAUCGCAUCCUUCAAUUCCUCGUCUUUCAUGAUUGCUUUUGCGAUGUUUGGAGUCUACAUCAUGCUUGAUGACAAAAACAUCCUGGAUGCACAGAAGGUUUUUGUUUCAAUGGCGCUUAUCAACAUUCUGAAGACGCCACUUAGCCAGCUGCCCUUUGCAAUAAGCACAACCAUGCAGGCUGUGGUUUCACUAAAACGUCUGGGAAAAUAUCUGUGCUCAGAAGAACUCAAAGUGGACAAUGUCUUAAAGGCUCCAUUGAGUUCUGAUGGGGAAGAUGUGCUUAUUGAAAAUGGAACUUUUAGCUGGUCUGCAGAGGGCCCUCCGUGUCUUAAAAAAAUUUCUAUCCGUGUCCCGCGGGGUUCCCUCGUGGCUGUUGUUGGACACGUGGGCAGCGGAAAGUCAUCUUUAUUGUCUGCCAUGCUUGGAGAAACAGAGAAGAGAAGUGGCCAUGUCACUGUGAAGGGUUCUACAGCAUAUGUGCCCCAGCAGGCUUGGAUCCAAAAUGCGACGGUCCAAGACAAUAUCAUUUUUGGUCGUGAAAAGCUGAAGACAUGGUACAAUCGCGUGUUGGAGGCCUGCGCCCUGCUGCCUGACCUUAACAUUCUACCUGCUGGCGAUGCAACAGAAAUUGGCGAGAAGGGGCUUAACCUCUCAGGUGGACAGAAGCAGAGAGUGAGCUUGGCCAGAGCUGUCUAUCGGAAGGCAGAUGUGUACUUGCUGGAUGACCCCCUUUCUGCAGUUGACGCACACGUCGGUCAGCACAUCUUCGACAAAGUCAUUGGACCCAAAGGAGUGCUGAGAGACAAGACCCGUAUCCUUGUGACCCAUGGGACGAGCUUCCUGCCACAAGCUGACCUCAUUCUUGUGCUUGUGAAUGGAGAAAUCACAGAGAGCGGCUCAUACCAGGAACUUCUUAGCCGCCGUGGCGCCUUUGCAGAUUUCAUACACACUUUUGCCAGCACCGACCGGAAAGAAAGCGCAAUACAAAGAGCUGGCUCAAGGAGGUCCAAUGCUCGUCUUAGCAUGGUUGAUUUCAUGCCAUUCUCCAGAGACUUGUCUCAGGAGCAGCUUAUUGGAGGUGACACAACAAAUACAAACUUACAGAACAUGGAGCCUGUAUCUGAAACAGAGCAGGAGCAUGUUCCUGAGGAACUUGGCAAGCUCACAGAAGUUGACAAGGCCCAUACUGGACGAGUGAGGCUGGAGAUGUACCAAAAGUACUUUAAGACCAUAGGGCUAGCCAUCAUCAUUCCUAUUGUCUUCCUGUACGCCUUUCAGCAGGGAGCCUCACUGGCCUACAACUACUGGCUAAGCAUGUGGGCCGACGAUCCAAUUGUUAACGGUACCCAGAUUGAUGCCGACCUGAAACUAUCUGUCUUUGGAGCACUGGGUUUUGUUCAAGGCAUUGCAAUCUUUGGUACCACUGUAGCCAUCUCCAUCUGCGGCAUCAUUGCUUCCCGUCACUUGCACAUGGACCUGCUGGUCAAUGUAUUGCAUUCGCCAAUGUCAUUCUUUGAAUGCACGCCCAGCGGCAACUUGCUCAACCGAUUUGCCAAAGAGAUUGACGCCAUUGAUUGCAUGGUGCCUGAGGGCCUAAAGAUGAUGUUGAGCUACGUCUUUAAACUGAUGGAGGUGUGCAUCAUUGUGCUCAUGGCAACACCUUUUGCUGCGGUGAUCAUCCUACCUCUUGCAUUUCUCUACGCCUUUGUCCAGAGCUUCUACGUUGCUACAUCCUGUCAGCUACGGAGGCUGGAAGCUGUGAGCCGCUCUCCCAUCUACACCCACUUUAAUGAGACAGUGCAGGGCGCCAGUGUCAUCAGGGCCUUUGGCGAUCAGUCUAGGUUCAUUCUGCAAGCUAAUGAAAGGGUAGAUUUCAACCAGACAUCCUACUUCCCCAGAUUUGUGGCCACCCGGUGGCUGGCAGUCAAUCUGGAGUUUGUCGGUAAUGGAGUGGUGUUAGCAGCUGCUAUUCUCUCUGUCAUGGGAAAGAGCACUCUGAGUCCAGGCAUAGUAGGGUUGGCUGUUUCUCAUUCACUCCAGGUGACUGGAAUCCUCAGUUGGAUUGUUAGAUCAUGGACUGAUGUAGAAAACAACAUAGUUUCUGUGGAAAGAGUAAAUGAGUAUGCUGAUACUGCGAAAGAGGCCAGCUGGAGCAUAGAAGGCAGUUCUUUGCCUUUGGCUUGGCCCCAGACCGGUACUAUUGAGUUCCAGGACUAUGGCUUGCAGUACCGCAAAGGACUGGAGUUGGCUUUAAAAGGCAUUACCUUGCAAAUUCAUGAAAGAGAGAAAGUGGGCAUUGUGGGAAGAACGGGAGCUGGGAAGUCCUCACUUGCCCUUGGAAUAUUUAGAAUCUUAGAGGCAGCAAAGGGGAAUAUCUUUAUUGAUGGAGUCAACAUCGCUGACAUUGGACUCCAUGAUCUUCGAUCACGCAUUACUAUCAUUCCUCAGGAUCCUGUGCUGUUCUCGGGAUCUCUUCGAAUGAACCUUGAUCCAUUUGACACCUACACUGAUGAAGAAGUGUGGAGUUCAUUGGAGCUAGCUCACCUCAAAAACUUUGUGUCCAACCUGCCGGACAAACUCAACCAUGAAUGCUCAGAAGGAGGGGAAAAUCUCAGUUUGGGGCAGCGCCAACUGGUGUGCCUUGCGAGAGCCUUGCUGAGGAAAACCAAAAUCUUGGUUUUGGAUGAGGCAACAGCUGCUGUGGAUUUGGAGACCGACACGCUAAUCCAGUCCACAAUCCGCACCCAGUUUGAAGACUGCACUGUUCUUACCAUUGCUCACCGCCUCAACACUAUCAUGGAUUACACGAGAGUGAUUGUUAUGGAUCGAGGCCACAUCUCUGAAAUGGACUCUCCAACCAAUCUCAUUGCACAGCAGGGACAGUUCUUCCGAAUGUGCCGGGAAGCUGGACUAGUCUAGGACCAUGGAGGAUCUGCACAAAUUUGGCUUCUGUCCAUGGCUUUUCAACAAAAGUUGAAUUGGCCCUCUCCAAGCUUUGAGGCAGCUCACCCGAGGGCAUUGUCAUUGAGGGUCCAGGGAUGCUACCAAUACUGCUCACUACUAUGUUUCUUACACAUGGACAUGCUGUCCUGAAUCAGGAAACAAACUUAAAUUGUCUACAUGUAAAUGAAGCUGCAUUGGAUUGCUAGGAAUGUGAGAGCUAUUAAAAUUAUGUACAUCGAGUAUGAGAAAAGUUCAUUCUAUUUAUGGAUCAAGCGAAGCCUGGAAUGCAAGACAACCACAAAUUAUAUGGAUUGUUAUUCCUGUUUUGAAUGGGAGCAUUAGUAUUUGCAUGUCAUGAAGCACAUGACAUAUUUUUCUCAGGCUUUGACAAUGAUGUUUACUCAUACAAUUUUUAAGUCUAUGAUGCUAGAAAGAGGUCAUCUUCAUUUCUAUACCGCUUGGUUUUCCAAGAACAAGGACAGAAAUGACUCUGACAUACUGACCCUCUGGAUGGUUCAACCUGGGGAAUGUGAGGGCUGUGAGGGUUUCAGAGCCUCCAGAAAUGAGUUUGAAGCAGCCAAUUUAGAUUAUUUAUAUGACAGAGAAUAGGAGGAAAAACAAUGGUAUGAGCCAAGACAUUGGCAGGCAGUUGUUUAUUUCUGUCAAAGUAAACAUAAAGCCCAAAGAAAUCUUGUCGGUCAGAUUGAACCUGAUGCCUAUAUGUGAAAACCCGCAUUGAAUGAAGAGAAUGACUCCUCUCAACAAUGGUAUAAAUCUUGGUGAGUGACUUUCUCUCCACCACCGCACAACUCAGGCCAUACAAAGUAUAUAUACUGUAUCUGUGUCGAGAGAGAAUUCGCUAUUGUUCUAUUUUUAUGCUGACUUUACAAAGUGUAGAUAGUCCUCAACGACCUUGAUCCUUAAUUCAAAGAAUUGUAUGAUUUUUUCGCAGAGAGAAGUCAUGAUGCUGUUUUUGUCUUACUGGUUUAGACAAUCUUUUCAAAGAGAAACCAUAUAGUUUAUUUAUGUGGUUUUUCAAAACAUGUCUUUAAAAUACUGAGGAUUGUAUUAUAUUUAUACUUUUUAU